AAUGACUGCACUUAGGGCUUCCGUGGUCCGGAAAUAACAAUGGCCAGAUCAUGCUCAUGACGAGGCGCUAUGCAAGCCACAUGCGUGCUACAGAAGAAAAUUGUUCAGCUUCCCGAAAAGAAUGGCUGCAAAUGGUCCAUGCAACAGCACAGCACAGCACAGCGGCCAUCCGAUCAGCAAUCAAUGCUUUGGCGUCAUCUGAGCCAACGCACAGAGCUCGGCUUCGGUAUGCUGGCUAGGGGAUAGCACGCUGUGGACCGCUUCCCGUGCUACAGACCUGUCUCCGGGCCGCCGUAUGAUCGCUAACUGCUUGGAGUAAUACGUGCUUGCUCAUCAGCACCGAUCUUCGUUGGUGCUAUUUCAGAAGAGCAGCAUAUUCUUGACUAUUGCCCUCGGGAUCCCUUCACAGUCUCUAUAACUACUUACAACCUCAACAGGUUAUAACCACGGGAGGCGUGCAUACGUUUGAGAUGAGUCGACUUUAAUGAUCCUGAUUACUCUCCACCGUCCAGAGGCCCGCUUCGCUGCACCACAUUCGCAACACUAAAAUCCACAGACGGAACCCUUCAUUCGCACCUGCGCCUGACCGGACCUUAGGGCCCCUAACCGAUUCGUGAGCUCACGGAGCACCAAUCACGCAGAAGUCUCGGUAAAGAGCCAACAACUAUUCGAGCAUUUCUUUUCCGGCCUCGCUGAAAGCACACAACAAGAAUGACCGCAGCACAAGUCAUCAACCCCAUAAUGCUCCAUCACUGGCAAUGCGAUCCUUUUGAAUCACUG